AUGGGGAGAGCGAUUAAGCACGGAGGGGAGGGAUUAGGGAGGCCACAUGCAGGAAAAUGCGCAGCAGCAAGGGCACAGCCAGGACAGGCAGUUCGGAGGGAACGUUUGGGACGUUGGGUUAGCUUGGGAGUUAUCAGAUCAAGCACGGGAAGCAAGACUAGAGCCGGUGGACUGACGGUAACUCGCAAGUCUGUCUUUUGUUCGGUCGGUCCGGGAGCGGCGGUGCCGAGAAUCACUGGAUGGAUUAAACUCCGCACUUACUCCGCCGCUGCCGAUGAGCGCGUCGCUAAGUUCAAGGGUCAGAAGGAUACUGAUGGAAAAUACACUGUUACUCUGAUCGAGGGUGAUGGUAUCGGUCCCGAGAUCUCCCAGUCGGUGAAGGAUAUCUUCGCUGCCGCAAACGCCCCUAUCAAGUGGGAGCCCGUCGAUGUUACUCCCAUCCUGAAGGACGGCAAGACCGCCAUCCCCGACGACGCCAUCAAGAGCGUCCAGAAGAACUACGUUGCGCUCAAGGGUCCUCUUGCUACCCCCGUCGGCAAGGGACACGUCUCUCUGAACCUGACCCUCCGUCGUACUUUCAACCUCUUCGCCAACGUCCGUCCCUGCCGCUCCGUUGCCGGUUACAAGACCCCCUACGACAAUGUCGACACCGUCCUGAUCCGUGAGAACACCGAGGGUGAAUACUCCGGCAUUGAGCACGUCGUCGUCGACGGUGUUGUCCAGAGCAUCAAGCUCAUCACCAAGGAGGCCUCCGAGAGAGUGCUCCGCUUCGCCUUCCAGUACGCUCGUUCCAUCAACAAGAAGAAGGUCCGUGUCGUGCACAAGGCCACCAUCAUGAAGAUGUCCGACGGUCUCUUCCUCAACCUUGCUCGUGACAUUGCCAAGGAGUUCCCCGACGUCGAGUUCGAUGCUGAGCUGCUGGACAACUCGUGCCUGAAGAUCGUUACCGACCCCACCCCCUACAACGACAAGGUCCUUGUCAUGCCCAACCUGUAUGGUGACAUUCUGUCCGAUAUGUGCGCCGGUCUGAUCGGUGGUCUUGGUCUGACCCCCUCCGGUAACAUUGGUGACGAGUGCUCCAUCUUCGAGGCUGUCCACGGUUCCGCCCCCGACAUUGCUGGCAAGGGUCUUGCCAACCCCACUGCUCUGCUUCUGAGCAGUAUCAUGAUGCUUCAGCACAUGGGUCUGAAUGAGCACGCCACUCGUAUCCAGAAGGCUACUUUCGACACCCUCGCCGAAGGAAAGGCCCUCACCGGUGACUUGGGUGGUUCCGCCAAGACCCACGAGUAUGCUGAGGCCAUCAUGAAGCGUCUGUAA